GGGAGGAAGGGGGAGGAAGAGGAAGAAGGUCCGGCCUCCUUCACACGGAGUUUAACUUCUUUAAAACAACUUUAACUCACUUUUUAUUUCAUGUUAAAAUUAAACCUCCGCGAAUAUUUCCAGGCAGCGGUGAGCGCCAGGCAGCGAGGCCGGCGAAGGGACGCUAUUCCCGGGGAGAAAAACAGCGAUAUGUCGGGGGGGAUCCAGGCCGAGUGGAUGUGACUGAGAGGUGGGGAAAACCCUCCGAGACUCCCCGCUCCUGAGAGGAGAAUGGAGGGAGAGAAAGAGACGGCGGAGGAGAAGGAGGAAGAAGAGGAAGAGGAGGAAGAAGAUCUUCAUCAUAUCGCAGCAAUAUCCAUAGACAACCAGGAACUUCCCAUCAUGCACUGGGAGGAUUUGAGCCAGCGAAUAGCAGAGCUGGAGCAGCAGGAGAGGAGCGAGAGGUCAAAGAGGCCGGAGGAGGGCGAGUGGAGAGACGUUUGGGAGGAAGACGAGGAAGACUUAAGGAAGUGCCGCGUCGCUGUCGUGUCGUCACGAUUUCAGCACCACAAAAACCUGCAGCUGUGCUUCGUCAACAACAGCGACAGCGAGGAGGACGAGGAGAAAGAGGUUUCAAAGGGAGCGGGGCAGAAUGGAUGCCGAGGCGCCGGAUUGAAACAGGAAGUGGUGUCGGCUCUGAGGAGGCUGAGGGACGAGCUGCUGGCCAAUCAGAGAGAGGGAGUGGUGAGUCACACACAUCCUUUACUCCAAUCCAAGUCACAUUAUGUAAAGAGCCAUCUUCUGAAUUGGGAAACGAGCCUGCAUGACUCACUUAAUGUGUACAUUUCCAGUCCAGAUGUGUUUCUGAUCUCAGUGGAUGAGAGAGCCAAAAUGAUCAGCAGUUUUCUCAGCCUCUCUCCCACCGCCGGGGGUUACAUCACAGGCGACCAAGCCAGGAACUUCUUCCUCCAAUCAGGCCUGUCUCCUCCCAUCCUGGCCCAAAUCUGGGCUCUGGCUGAUAUGAACAGUGAUGGCCGUAUGGACAUCCACGAGUUCUCCAUCGCCAUGAAACUCAUAAAACUGAAGCUCCAGGGUCACCCUCUCCCCUCCUCUCUUCCUCCCAGUAUGAUAACACCGCUGGCUCUCCCCCCACAGAGCGGCUUCGGCAUGCCCCCCCUCUCAGGCGGGCCUCCUCUCUCCUUGCCUCCUCUCCCCUUGCCUCCUCUUCCUGUCGGGGUUUCCCCCCCCCUAGUCUCCUCCGUCCCGCCCCCCCUCCCUCCCCCCAUCUCUAACGGAGCCCCUCCCACAGGAAUGAUGCAGCCAAUCCCGGGCUUCCCUCUCCCAGCGCCUCCUGUCAACAAGUCAGGAUCUUUUAAUCGUCCCAGCGCCAAACUGCAGAAGGGCCCGUCUGUGGACGUCGCUAGUGUUCUGCCUCCCUGUGAUUGGGCCGUUCCUCAGUCCUCCAGACUGAAGUACAGACAGCUCUUCAACUCCCAUGAUAAGAUGAUGAGCGGACACCUCACAGGUCCUCAGGCUCGCACCAUCCUGAUGCAGUCCAGUCUUCCUCAGGGCCAGCUGGCCACCAUAUGGAGUCUCUCAGACAUCGACCAGGAUGGAAAGCUGACGGCUGAGGAGUUCAUUCUAGCCAUGCACCUCAUAGAUAUGGCCAUGUCAGGGUUACCGUUACCGCCUGUGUUACCGCCAGAUUACCUCCCCCCCACAUUCAGGCGCGUGCGUAGUGACAGCUUUCAGUCGGAUCAGAAGAUGGUCCAGGAGGAGCCGGAGGAGGAGCCGGAGAAGCUUGCAGUGAGCUUUGAGGAUAAGAAAAGGGAGAACUUUGAGCGCGGGAACCUGGAGCUGGAGAAGAGACGCCAGGCUCUGCAGGAGCUCCAGAGGAAGGAGCAGGAGAGGCUGGCUGCUCUGGAGAGGGAGGAGUACGACAGGAAGGAGCGCGAGCGCAUGGAGCAGGAGAGGAGGCGGCAACACGAGCUGGAGAAACAGCUGGAUCGACAGAGAGAGAUAGAGAGACAAAGAGAGGAGGAGAGACGCAAAGAGAUCGAGAGGAGAGAGGCUGCUCCGCGUGAGAUGGAGCGUCCGCGUCAGUUGGAGUGGGAGCGUCAGCGCCGCCAGGAGCUCCUGACUCAGAGGAACCGCGAGCAGGAGAGCAUCGUGCUGCUCAAAGCCAGGAAGAAAACUCUGGAGUUCGAACUGGAGGCGCUGAACGAUAAGAAGUGCCAGCUGGAGGGCAAACUGAAGGACGUUCGCUUUCGUCUGUCGGCUCAGCGGAGGGAGGUGGAGCAGACCAAUCAGACGAGAGAAACACGCAUCGCUGAGAUCACACUGCUGCAACAGCAGCUGCAGGACUCCCAGCAGUGGUUGGGGAGGUUAAUUCCUGAUAAACAGGGUCUCAACGACCAGCUGAAGCAGGUUCAACAGAACAGUUUGCAUCGUGACAGCCUGUCGUCGCUGCAGAAGGCGGUGGAGCAGAAGGAGAGCAGCAGACAGCAACUCAGAGAUCAGCUGGACGCCGUGGAGAGAGAGACCCGCGCAAAACUGCUGGAGAUAGACGCGUUCAACACCCAGCUGAAGUCUCUGUGUGAGUUCUAUGCCAACCACUGUUCGAGGAUAGAGGCCCUGCGACGCCAGCUUCAGGACGAACAGAGAGGCAGACAGGAGCUGCGGGAGAUCCACAGUCGGCAGCAGAGGCAGAAACAAAGGGAUCUGGACGGAGACACACACUCACUGACACACACACACUCUCACCUACACACACCCAUCGAGAGGAAGUCUGCCGAGCUGCAGGAUGGCAGGUUGUCCGCAGAGGAAGGGAUGUCCUGGAGGGAAGAAGCAGGAAGUUCUGCGUCCAAUAAUCCCACCCCCCCCUCCGUCUCUGCACCCCACGCCUGGCUCAACAGAGUCACUCUGGAGGAGGAGGAGAGGAAGAGGAGGGGCAUGAUGGAGGCGGAGGAGGAAGAGGAGGAGGAGGAGGAAGAGGAUCAGAAGGGAGCAGCAGGGUCUUCAGAGGAGAAGGAGGACGAGGGGAGAGGGAAGAUGGAGAUGCAGGAGAAGCUGAGCAAACUGUUCAGCAGCCAGCCGGGGGAUCCAUGGGGGCCAACAGUGGAGAAGGGUCCGGUUCCCAAUCUGUUCGAGCAGAAGACCCCGGUCAGCAGCUUCGACCAGCAGACGUCCGUGAAGGUGGUUUACUACAGAGCUCUGUAUCCGUUUGAUGCUCGCAGCCACGAUGAGAUCAGCAUCGCCCCGGGAGACGUCAUCAUGGUCGAUGAGUCCCAGACGGGAGAACCUGGUUGGCUGGGAGGAGAGCUCAGGGGCCGCACUGGUUGGUUUCCCGCCAAUUACGCUGAACGGAUACCGGACAGUGAAGCACCAAUCAGCUUGCGAGCAACCGCCUCGGCCCCUCCCACUUCAGCCCAGCAGCCAAUGAGCACGCCUCCCCCCGCCCCGGGACACGCCUCCUCCUCCGCGCCCUCAGCCAAUAGUAACUGGGCUGACUUCAACACCACUUGGCCCUCUAACUCAGCCAGCCAAUCAGAAAGCGAGGGCUGGGAUGCAUGGCCCACCUCUACGACCAAUCAGAAUCCUUCCCUCAGUGUUCCGUCUGCGCAGCUACGGCAACGCUCCGCCUUCACACCAGCUACCUUGACAACAGGCUCCUCCCCUUCUCCUGUGCUGGGCCAGGGGGAGAAGGUAGAGGGUCUUCAGGCUCAGGCUUUGUAUCCCUGGAGGGCGAAGAAGGACAACCACCUUAACUUCAACAAAAAUGAGGUCAUCACGGUGUUGGAGCAGCAGGACAUGUGGUGGUUAGGGGAACUGCAGACCGGACAGAGAGGCUGGUUCCCCAAAAGUUACGUCAAGCUCAUCUCCCCCACCAUGACGCCCCCCCCGAGUACCGUCGCACGCAGCAAAAACCCAAGUGAGUCUGGAGUAUCGGAAAGCCCCCCCAAUGGGAAGCGCCCCUCCCCUUCGCCAACAAAACCCUCAGAGUCUGGUGGUGGAGAAGAAUAUGUGGCCAUGUACACGUACGAGAGCAGCGAACAGGGAGACCUGAGCUUUCAACAGGGAGAGGUCGUCAUGGUGACCAGGAAAGAAGGUGAUUGGUGGACGGGAUUGGUCGGGGGGAAGAUCGGAGUCUUUCCGUCGAACUAUGUGAAACCGCGAGACUCGGCGUUAGAGCCUUUGGGACCAGGAGGGAAGACGGGGAGCCUGGGAAAGAAACCAGAGAUCGCUCAGGUGAUCGCCCCCUACAGCGCCACAGGAGCCGAGCAGCUGACGUUAGCUCCGGGUCAGCUGAUCCUCAUCAGGAAGAAAAACCCGGGGGGCUGGUGGGAGGGUGAGCUGCAGGCCCGGGGGAAGAAGCGGCAGAUUGGUUGGUUUCCGGCCAAUUACGUGAAGCUGCUGAGUCCCAGCACCAGCAAGACGACGCCCACAGAGCCCACCCCCCCCAAACUGACUCCGGCCAGCACAGCUGUGUGUCAGGUGAUCGGGAUGUACGACUAUGUGGCGCAGAACGACGACGAGCUGGCCUUCCUGAAGAGUCAGGUGAUCACCGUGCUCAACAAGGACGACUGUGAUUGGUGGAAAGGGGAGCUCAACGGGAGGGAGGGGCUGUUUCCUAGCAACUACGUCAAACUCACCACGGAUACCGACCCCAGCACGCAAUGAUCAUAUCAUUACCCAGAACCCCCCUCUCCUCAAAGCCCUCAAAGAGACCCACUAGGCCACCCCCACUAGGCCACUCAACCAAUGGGACAGCAGCAAGAGGUCACAUGACCCUGGAAAUGGCGACUCUCCACCAAUAGUGGCCAAACAGACAGACUGUAACGUUAAAAAAAAAAAAGAACUGUCUAUGCAUGGCUCUGACUGGACUCUGCCAAACUGUUUGAUCUAAUGAGACUA